GGACAACAGAGAUAAAUAGAGCAGGGGCCGUUGCACAGCACAACACAGAGAGUGGAUUCUCAGUGCUUCCCCAAAGAUGGGGCUCAAACUUAGGGGGCUCUUAAUGCUCCCCUGCUUCCUGGCUGCAUUCAUCAAUGCACAGAAUGAAGUGGACCAAAAAUCGGUGGAUUGCUACAACUCCGACAACUCCGCCGAGGGGUCCAUCUAUGAUUAUGGGGCAACUACAAUAGACGGGAGUCGGUUCAUCCCUUUUAAAGAGUACCAAGGGAAGUACCUCCUGUUUGUGAAUGUGGCCACAUUCUGAGGUCUCACCAUGCAGUACCCAGAAUUGAAUGCACUACAUGAAGAAUUAAAAUCAGAUAACUUUGUUAUUUUGGGAUUCCCUUGUAAUCAGUUUGGGUUGCAGGAGCCUGGAAGAAAUGAAGAAAUUCCUUUGGGACUUAAGUAUGUGCGUCCCGGGACAAACUUUGUUCCAAACUUCCAGUUGUUUGAAAAGAAAGAUGUUAAUGGAUGGAAAGAACAGAAAUUCUACACUUUUCUCAAGAACUCCUGCCCUCCUGUCGGUGACACCUUUGGAAACCCACCGUUCAGACUAAAUUGGGAACCCUUAAAGGUCAAUGACAUCAAGUGGAACUUUGAGAAGUUUCUUGUGGGACCAGAUGGCCAUGCAGUGAAACGCUGGCACCCGCGCACAUCUGUCGCCCAAGUGAGAAGAGAUGUUGUGUCCUACAUAAAGUUACAGCAGGGAACGCAGAGACUUCUUAUGCUUGGAUUGGAGCAAAAGUAAAAAAUAUUACAAUCAAUUCCUUGUAGUUCAAUCUGUGAUUUUGUUUGCUGUGAUUAUAUAUGUGUUUGAGUGGUCAGUUGGAGAUCCAAGGGAAUCUAGAACCUUUCUGUAUGAAGGCCAAGUCAAAAAGCACUCAUGUGUGGGACUUGGCUAGAAACCAGUGCUGGGGCAGAUGCUACUUAGUGCAUUCAGGUAUCUGUGCCAGGCUGGGAUGGGCUUCAUAGUUUCACCCUUAGCUCCCAACUUUCCUGUUAAACACUAGAACGGAAUGUAAUGUGUGCCACUAUUCAAUAAAUAACAUUUGUCUGUAAACAGCC